AUGGCGGCGCCGCCGCGAUCACUGAGCGCCAUCACGGCGUUGAAGCAGCGCUGUGAAGAUCGGCUCAAGCAUGAUGAGGCCAAGGUCAAGUUCUUGCAGGACAGUGUGGACACGACCUCAAAGACCGUCGAUAGCAUGGUAGGAUCGGCCCGGGCCAGCCAGAGGCUGAGGUCGCGUGAUAACUUAAAAAAGCUCCUCGACCUCGCCAAGCAUGUGGAGACCUACUAUGGCGCUUCCAUCAAGCUUGCCCCCAUAUUGGAGCCAGGCCCAGCCUAUAACCUCGAGGGCUAUUUGGCAGCCCUGAAGCAACUGGAGGAAGCCAACCUCUACUUCCAACGAAAUAAUCCCCGUCACCCUGAUGUUGCUCACAUCCAAACGCUGCGCCGGCGAGCACACCAGAUGAUGGAAAAAGAGUUUACCACGCUUGUCGAACGUUUCAGUGUGGCGGCCGACCGCGACGCCGUUGUCAUGGCUCUUGAGGAGCAGGAGCGUGAUUUGGAGCGCCACGGCCGCCUGGGUGAAGCACCGUUGGCGUUGGAAUCGGACACCGUGGAAACCCUGGCUGGGCUCGUUGGCUGGCUCGAGCAAACUGAUGAACACGCGCAGUGUGUCAAGCAAUACGUCAAGCAACGCAGCCGCUGCAUGAACGACCUCAUGGCCACCGCCCGUGACGAGUCGCCACUUAUCACUCCGCAAAGCAGCCUGCCUCGAGCUCGCUCACAAAUAAACAGCAAGACACCUACCAGGGGCUUCUUGCGGCGUCCUAGUGAAGUGCGAGCCCGGCGGAACACUGAAGCAUCUGUUUUGGGCCGCUCCCACGACUCUGCUGCCAUCAACUACGUCCAGGGCACGGACCCUGUAUUACAGCACAUUCGGGCCUUUUUGGCUGGGGCACGGCAAGAGCUCACGCUGGUUCAAAACAUCUUUUCAGAAGACCUCCAAGCUGCCAUUUUGCAUGAUGUCGUGCUCCCCGCCAUGGAAGCACUUCGCACCUCCGUCCGCACCAUGCUCGACAACUCAAACCGACACUUGACGGAGCAUAGCUUCUUCAACCUGCUGAACAUAUACGAUGUUGUAACCGAGUUACAUCGCAAGGAGCCUUGCUUUGCAGCCGUUCUUCGAUACACAGAGGAUGGAAUGUUUCAAGCCUACAUGGGCAUGAUGCUGAGUGUGGCUGAAUUCGGCCGCCGCGUGACUCUCGAGUUCCAAGACAUGAUUAACACAGAUGCCAGCAAGAAAUUACCGCUGGAUGCCACUGUCAACGAACUGACGGCGCAAGCGCUCAAGUUUGUCAACCACGCCAUCGACUAUCGUGAAGCCGUAGCCACGGUCUUGCGCCCUGAUCUGGCAGCAACACGCGGCGAGCUCAAUUGGCUCAAAGGAGAAGAUGCCAACAACAUGUUUUGUGACUGGUUACGACCUGUCAUCUCAACACUGACUUCCAAUCUUCUGCGCAAGUCACGUGGCUACGAAGAUGAAAGCGUUGCUGCUGUGUUUUUGCUCAACAACUACAGCUACAUUGUUCGUUCGCUCGACAGUGAACGUUUUCGAGACGUCAUGGGACAAGCCGCCAGUGCGG